AUGGAUGAUUGCCUCUAUAACAAAGGAGACAUAAGUUCAACGACUCCUAUUGCAUUGCCUCCAAAAUUCAAGAUUUCUAAUGUGGAAAAGUUUGAUAGAACUGGAGACCUAAAACAAAAUGUUAGGAGGUAUCUAAGCAUUACUGAGAUGAAGGGAUUGGAUGAGAAACAAACUUUGCAUGCAUUUCCCCUCUCACUCACGAGAGGUGCAUUAAGGUGGUACUAUAGCUUAGAUCCAAGUAAGACCAAGGUGUGGAAUGAGCUAGUGGAGUUGUUUUUGGAGCAGUUCAUCUUCAACACCAUAAUCGAUGUGACUCUAAGGGACUUGGAGACCACUAAGCAAGGAGUGGGGGAGACAUUCUCCGAAUAUAUGACAAAGUGGAGGGGAAAGGCAUCAAGGAUGGUUAAUAGGCCAAAUGAGAAAGACCAAAUUAACAUGAUAAUCAAGAAUUUUAUUCCGGCUUAUAAUAGUAGGCUCUUGUCAUCACCUAUUAGUUCUUUUGGGGAAUUAUGUGAUUGUCGAACUAGGAUUGAAGAUGCUAUCAAUAAUGGGCAAUUGGAGAAAGGUGAGUGCAAACCUCCAAUCAAGAAGACAUAUGGGGUAGAAGUAACUAAUUUUGAAGCACCCAAUCCCGUAUAUGUAAGUGCCAUUAUACCCUAG